CAAAACUCGCAAAUAUUUCAUGUCAUUUUUCGUGUUUCUUCGUUUUCGUUUCAUGCGUUGGGUGGUUUACGUGCGUGUUUCGUCGGCAUAUUUGGUGUUUCGAGUAAAUAUUAGAAACUUACAAUCGAUUUCAUGAACGCUUUCAAAUAUAAUAUAUCACCCGCAGUUGCGUAUGCGCAUGCCAGUAAACAAUCCGCCGAUGUGAUUUUCUAAUUGUACCACCAAUUGCAAUUGAACCGGAUUCCGUAUUUGUAUUCUAUUGCCUUUGAAUUGGAGCGGUAUAAAUAUAUUCAAGAGUGGCCAUGGAAUUGGUAGUGCUAGUGAAGGAGGGCUUCCAAAAUGUCGCGGAGCAUGCAGCCAGCUACAAGUUCGGACAAACGGUGCUCCGACAUGUGGACAAGGCGCUGUGGGUCCUGGAGAAAUGCGCACGCUGGGCCGUGCCCCCGCCAUUGGACCCAGAAGAAAGGCCUCAACCAGAGCUCGUCCGGCCGCUGCCGUGGGUGUUCUUUUUAAUGAUGCUGGUAGCCCUAAGGAUUACGCGGGAGUCCAUAUCGCUCGUAAACUUAGUACUGGGCAAGCCACCGCUUCGAUCUGCUGAUGUGGUGACAUACAUUCAAGGCAAACGUCGCUAUCUGCGCACAUUGAAGUACCAAGGCAACAGGAUGAUGAGGGCCCGCACGGGCACCACCCAUGAGCCGUGGUACAGUGGGCUGAGGUCGCUCUUCGAGUUCACCAUGUGUUUUAGAAGACAGUCGAUGCACUAUGGCAACAACAAUACUACCAGAGUCAGCAAUAAUGAUGAAGUCCUGGUAGUGAAACGCAGCAAGCGCCCCCGUCAGGAAGAAAGUCCCGCGUCCACCAGCGAGGCGACCAUGGAGCGGCUCAUAGAGAAGAUGAUGGUCGACUUGGACGCUGACUCAGAUGAAGACUCUAGCUAUACGCUCACAAACGCCACAAGCCUGAAAAGUGAUAGGUCCGAAACCGCCGAAUAUGACCAAGAGCCCACUCCGAGCGAGGAAUCCGCCCCAACUAAAUCGGAAAACGAAACGCCCGCCAAAACACCCGAGCCGAACGUUUCAGAAAAACCGGCCGACCAUCCGACCGAGACCGAUAACCAUCCGGCCGAAACCGAUAACCAUCCGGCCGAGACCGACCAAACCCAAGCCGAGGAAGCCACGGAAGAAUUCAAGCCAGCUCAAAACUGCGAAGAGAAACAUCUGAACGCAGAACAACCCUCCCCUUUGGUCGACUCGCAAACAUUCAUCCAAACUGAGAAGAAACGAUACCAGAGGUCGCCAAGAAAGGACCAAAAAAUGGCGAACGGCCGGACAUUAAAGAGUACCUCCGAAAGAAACAUAGGAGGUGACAAGCGGGACGCGGCUGUGGCCAGGGCUUCGUCGGCGGAUUUCAUCGCACGUGGGAAAAAAGAUAACUACAGGCAGACACCGUAAGCUUGUGGCGCCCCCUACAUAGUAACUAUAAGUUUAUAAGUCGAACAGUACUGAAGACUGUUCAUUGUUUUGCUCAUCUAGUUAACGUUACUUUACUUUAGGGACACUUCUUGUUAUACUAUGUUAAGGAAUUACUUUUAAAAUCAGCAGGUCCGAUUUUAUUAAUAUUAACAACUUCGAUAAAUUAUUAAAUUUUAAAUAUAUUUUAAAUAUGACCCCGCAUGAAGAAAGAGUUCCCUGAUAUAACGAUUAAUUUUUAAAUUAUUUAAUCAAUUAUAACUUUAUCGGCAUAUAAUGUAAUCUCUCUAAAAUAUCAAUUUAGUUAACGAAUAUUUUUUUAUUUAUAGCUCUGUUUUGAGCAAUUAAUUUUGUAGCGAGUGAUUGUAUCAUCUUAUAUAAGUUAAGUUUUUUUUUAAAUGUUAACUAGGUAAUAAACUAAGUUUCCUAAGAAAUAUUUGGGGUGGAGUAUGCAAGUGCCUUAGAUGUUAAUGUUUCGUUCCAUGACAUACGAAAUACUACCUUGAGAGCAAUUAUAGAGGGUUUAGUUUUGGACGGUCAAUGUGGUUGAAAUCAAGAUGCUGGGAUUUUCGAGUUAAGGUGCUUUGAAUUUCCUUAAAAUAAAGUUACUUUUUUAUCUAAAUUACAUAAAACAUCGUUAUGGACUAUUUCUUUAGUCUUCUUUUGUUAUAAAUCGCAUUGAUAAAGUUAUCCAAAUGCAUUUAUGCGUUUUCUAAGUCAUUUUCAGUGAUGUAUAUUUCCCAUGUAGAAGAAUAUUCUUGUAAAAAAUAAACAAAAACAAUAUUGACAAUCCUAAACUAAACGUUCUGAUAACUUUAUGUAUGCUUUUUUUAUUUAUUUAUUUUGUCCUUAAUCUGUAGGUUUUUAGGCUCUAACUUUGAUUUCGGAAUAUUUGGUUGGUGUUAAGAUUCAUGUCGCUUGAUAAUAUAUAGUUUUACUAAAGCGAUGGCCCUAUAUCUAUUUGCAUGCAGGCAUUUUCAUUUAAAAUUAUACACCUUCAGAACAGUUAUUAGAUGACAAAUAACAUUGUGAUUUAAACUUUCAUAUGUGGAUUUCAAUCACAUCUUAUAUCAUAUCUUAUGCUUCAUGUGCAAUAAGGACCAUUUUAUCAGAAUUUCUUGUCGCUUGAUAAUAUAUAGUUUUACUAAAGCGAUGGCCCUAUAUCUAUUUGCAUGCAGGCAUUUUCAUUUAAAAUUAUACACCUUCAGAACAGUUAUCAGAUGACAAAUAACGUUGUGAUUUAAACUUUCAUAUGUGGAUUUCAAUCACAUCUUAUAUCAUAUCUUACGCUUCAUGUGCAAUAAGGACCAUUUUAUCAGAAUUUCUUGUCGCUUGAUAAUAUAUAGUUUUACUAAAGCGAUGGCCCUAUAUCUAUUUGCAUGCAGGCAUUUUCAUUUAAAAUUAUACACCUUCAGAACAGUUAUCAGAUGACAAAUAACAUUGUGAUUUAAACUUUCAUAUGUGGAUUUCAAUCACAUCUUAUAUCAUAUCUUAUGCUUCAUGUGCAAUAAGGACCAUUUUAUCAGAAUUUCUGUAGGGUUUUAAAAUAGAAAGGUCCUCAUUGCAUUUGGAGCAUAAGGACCCAAAAAUCGUGGGUUUUAAUUUUAACCUCUGUUGUGCUGUAGAGCAGAAAAAAUCGUUGUCGAUAAACAAUGCAAAAAGACGACUUAAAAUUAUAUACUUUCAUACACGGAAGGGUUAACCUCGUAAGACCCUCCAUAUAAAGUUUUCAAAUUUUUAAUUUGUACCUUAUUCUAUAAGUAAAUUAGAACGAAUUUCGUUUGUUUUAUAAAGCAAUAAAACAAAAGAAAUGCUACUUAAUUGUUUCAUGAAAGGUUCAAAUUAGAUUGCACGAAUAUGUACUCUGUAAUGUACAUUUAGUCUCAGGAGGUUAAACAUAGAGGCUGAAGCGUAUAAUUUUAAAUAAAUAUGCUUAGGUGAGAUUUACACACCCCUAUGCUAGUUCUAUGUAUAGUUAUAUUUAGUCGUCACUUAGCUCUAUAGGCCGCCCUUUGCAUUUCAGUCCAUUCCAGUCGAAUUGAAGCUAAUUUGGUUCCUACCGAUAUCUAGUUACUUAGUUUUAAAUGUAAUCAAUUAUUUAGAAUAUAAUUAUGAAGUAAUCACAAUUUUCUACAGUGCGUUUUGUAAUAAUACUUUUUAUUUAAUAAAUUUUCAGUCGUUUAAUUAUUAUAAUUGUUAUAGGUACGGUCUGAUAAGAGAUUAUUAGAUACAAAAUUUUAUUUAUUGAUCGAAAUUUGAAUUCCAAAGAUUUGGCUGUGUAGCGAUGAACUAUCUGAUAAGAAAAGACUGACGUUAAAAUUAUACUUCUUUUCUUUUGUAUGUUUUCAUGUAAAUUAUAAAAUAAAUAUUAUUUAAUCUUUAUAACGUUUUGUAAGGCUAACGAAUUUUUGGAAUAUUUUAUGAAUUGUGAACGAUAUUGUUAUAAAUAUAUUUCAUAAUGAAA